CCGCCGCCGCCGCCAUGGGCGCGCUGUUCCGCGGCGAGCCGAUGUGCCUGGCGCAGCUCUUCCUGCAGAGCGGCUCGGCCUACGAAUGCCUCAGCGAGGUGGGCGAGCGUGGCCUGGCCGAGUUCCGAGACGUAUCUGACACACCCUUUAUUCCAGAAAUGACGUGUUAUUGGGUCCGGCUUAAGAGCUAAAUAAGUAGUCAGAGACCCUGCACCCUCAUAACAUAUGGAUGCACAUAAAACGAUUCUUUCAACACUUAACAUUUCAAAUAGCUUCUGUGGAAACCCGUCACAAAACUUUGCUUGAGAAAGCUCAACCCAAAUGUAAGCAUAUUUCAGAGAAAAUUUGUGAACGAAGUAAAGAAGUGUGAAGAAAUGCAAAGAAUACUCGGAUAUUUAAUACAAGAAAUAAAAAAAGCAGAUAUUCCACUUCCUGAAGGAGAUGUUGCUCCUCCUGCCCCCUUGCUGAAACAUAUUUUAGAAAUCCAGGAGCAGUUGCAGAAGCUGGAGACAGAAUUGAGGGAAAUAACUAAAAACAAAGAGAAGUUGAGGAGAAACCUGCUUGAGCUGACAGAAUACAUGUACCUGUUAGAGGUCACACAAAGAUUUGUCCGGAGAACAGCUGAGUAUGAAUUCCAUGUAUAUUCAAAUUAUGAAGAAUUUCCAUCUGUGGAAGAUGAACCUUUGGUGGAUUACAAUUGCAUGCACAGGCUGGGUGCCAAGUUGGGAUUCAUAUCUGGAUUAGUUCACAUAACUAAAGUUGAAGCAUUUGAGAAAAUGCUGUGGAGAGCCUGUAAAGGCUACACUAUUCUUACAUACGCGGAGCUGGAUGAGUGUUUGGAAGAUCCAGAUACGGGUGAAACCACAAAAUGGUUUGUCUUUUUAGUGUCCUACUGGGGUGAACAAAUUGGCCAGAAAGUUAAGAAGAUUUGUGAUUGCUAUCGCUGUCGCAUCUAUCCCUAUCCAAACACCAUGGAGGAGCGCAGGGCAGUUGUUGAAGGACUAAAUGUUCGUAUUCAGGAUCUUCAUGCUGUGCUGCAUAAAACUGAGGAUUACUUACGCCAAGUCUUGUGCAAGGCAUCUGAAUCUGUCUAUACGUGGGUCAUCCAGGUGAAGAAGAUGAAAGCUAUUUAUCACGUACUCAAUCUGUGCAGCUUUGAUGUCACAAAUAAAUGUUUAAUUGCUGAGGUUUGGUGUCCGGUGGCUGAUCUGCAGAAUUUGCGCCAUGCCUUGGAGGAAGGCUCAAGGAAGAGUGGAGCUACAAUUUCUUCAUUCAUGAAUACCAUCCCAACAACACAACCUCCUCCAACUUUGAUACGUACCAAUAAAUUCACCUCAGGGUUCCAAAGCAUCGUUGAUGCUUAUGGAGUUGGGAACUAUGGGGAAGUUAAUCCAGCUCUCUAUACCAUCAUCACUUUUCCCUUCUUGUUUGCUGUGAUGUUUGGAGACUUUGGGCAUGGUCUGCUGAUGUUCUUUUUUGCACUCCUGACAAUACUGUAUGAAAACCACCCUAGAUUACAAAGAUCACAAGACGAGAUAAUGAAAAUGUUAUUUGAAGGCAGAUACGUUAUUUUAUUAAUGGGUCUGUUUUCUAUAUACACUGGAUUGAUCUAUAAUGACUGCUUUUCAAAGUCAUUAAAUAUAUUUGGUUCUGGAUGGAACGUUUCAGCAAUGUUUGAACAGAAAGUUUGGCGUCUCGAUGAUCUGAAGUCUAAUCAAUUUUUAACACUGGAUCCAAAUGUUACUGGUGUAUUCAAUGGAGCUUAUCCCUUUGGAAUUGAUCCGAUUUGGAAUUUGGCAAGCAAUCGUCUCAGUUUUUUAAAUUCUUUCAAAAUGAAAAUGUCUGUGAUAUUUGGAGUGAGCCACAUGACGUUUGGAGUUGUAUUGGGAGUAUUUAACCACUUGUAUUUCAAGAAGAAGUAUAAUAUUUAUUUGGUUUUUCUUCCUGAACUUUUAUUCAUGAUGUGCAUCUUUGGCUACCUUGUGUUUCUGAUCUUCUUUAAAUGGUUAGCAUACUCUGCAGAGGAUUCUACAUCUGCCCCCAGUAUUCUGAUUCAAUUUAUUAACAUGUUCCUGUUUCCUGGUGCUGAUACAGAAGUUUUUUACACCGGACAGGUUGCUCUGCAGAGGUUUUUACUUAGCAUUGCUUUUCUCGCUGUUCCUGUAAUGCUUUUUGGUAAACCGCUUUAUUUAUAUUGGUUGCACAGUGGAGGCCGAGGCAUCAGAAUGUACAGGAGUGGCUACAAGCUAAUUCGAAAAGAAAGUGAAGAAGAACUUUCUCUGCUGAGAUCUCAUGAUGUCGAAGAAGGAAGUAGCCACUUAGACAGCGGGCACAGAGAGGGGGAUGGAGAGGAGCUUAAUUUUGCAGAUGUCUUCAUGAAUCAAGCAAUCCAUACCAUUGAGUACUGUCUAGGAUGUAUUUCUAAUACAGCCUCAUACCUGAGACUCUGGGCAUUAAGUCUUGCUCAUGCGCAGUUAUCAGAAGUUCUGUGGCAGAUGGUGAUGAGAGUGGGUCUUCGUGUGGAUACAACAUAUGGUGUCUUACUGCUAGUCCCCCUUCUGGCCUUCUUUGCUGUGCUAACGGUUUCUAUUCUCCUGGUCAUGGAGGGGCUUUCUGCUUUUCUCCAUGCUAUACGACUUCACUGGGUGGAAUUUCAGAACAAAUUCUACUCUGGUGGAGGAUACAAGUUUACGCCUUUCUCUUUUAAGCAUAUUUCUUUACGUUUUAAUAAAGAUGAUAUGGCAUAGUUUGGUGGCUGUCAGCAGAAAUGUUUUUUGAAUCAUCUGCAAAUAAUCACGUGAUUGGAGCUCCCCUACAAAUGGUUUCUUGUAGGACAAAGUGUUUUUCACUGAAUGCCUUAUAAUGCAGCCAAAUAAUUCUGUAAUAUAUACCUCCCAUAGAAAUACAUAGCAGAUUUGGAGCAUCUUGUAAAGUAUACAGAUAAAAAAAUGUACAUUUUUAUUAAUAAACU